AUGAGUAUGGACUUCCAGGUGUAUCUCUUUGUUUUGGAACAUGCAGGUUUGGCAUUAGUCGAACAUAAACUUCCCGUAGCCGUAGGAGGUACUACUAUCGUAAUAGUACAAUCAUCAUCAUCUGUUGGAAUUAUAGAUGAAUUAUAA